AUGUCGACUUCAUGUAAUACACAUGAUUAUGACGGUAAAUUACGUAAGAAAUGGUUUGAAAUGCGUUCAAUGUUAGUUCAUACAUAUCUUCCAAAUUGUGAUUCAUUUAAUGAUACGAUUAAAGAUAUCGAACGAUGGCUUGACAAAAAAUAUUUUAAUGUGGCACGUAUUGGUCGUGCACGUCGUUCAUUAAGAAUUCUCACAUCAAGUCGAAAUAGUAAUUUUGACUCUUGUAACGAGAUUGACGUUGAAGAACUCUUACCUAUUAUAUGGAAUAAAGUUAAAAAUCAGGAAGAUAUACAGGAUACUUUCUAUGAGCAAUUGUGUGACAUUACGGGUGGAAGUUGUUCUCAAGGACGAUCAACUCGAUUGUUUCAAUUUUUAUUUCUUUUCGAUUUACCACCUGAAGCAGUAGUUUCAGCAUCGAUAGUCGACGAAGGAAAAGCAGAUGAGUUGACUGAAAAAAAAUUAAUUGAAAAAGAUUUAUCAUUUGAAACACCAAAUAUAGCAUUGAUGGCCAAGAACGAAAAAUCGAUUGAAUCCGAAAACACAAGAAAAGAUUUACCACCAAACACGUCGAUAAUUACAUCAUCAACUAAAGAAGAUCAAACGGGAAAGUCGAUUGAACAAGAAUCAAUAAAACAAGAUUCAUUCCUAGAAACAUCAAAUAUAACAUCGACAAUCGACACAGAACAAAUAAAAAGAUCGAUUCAACAAGAAUCUAUAAAACUAGAACCAGUACCUUAUGAGAAUUAUGUUGUUAUUUCAGGAGAAAAACGACAAUUCGAAGAAAAAUCUAAAUCCGACAAAGAGCAAUCUCCUGAGAACAUGAAACAGGCACAUCAUAAUGAGCAAUUACACACAGACGACAAAGCAAAAGAAAAUCAACAAUCAGUAGAACGUCAACAGUCACAAUGA